AUGGUGCUACCAUGGAGAUCUAGAGGAGGAAGAAGAGCAGAGAGACGUAACCUAUUGACUUCCGGCGUUACCCCCGUCGUGAAAAUCAAAGUCCCGGCUCAACUCCGAUCAUCAGAAACCGAGCUGGUUCAGUCACCACGCGUGAUGUUGUUAACACCGCGUGAUGCGGCUGAGACAUGUCGGAGACUUGAGAACGCUACCGCUCGUGAGGAAAAUGCAGAGUGUUUUGAGAUCGUUAGUAAAAUCAAGAACUCGGUGAGAAACAACGGAGAGACGAACAAGAAGUGUUUGCUCCAAUACGGAGUCGUUUCAGCGUUGUCUUCUUGCUUUCAAAGAUUCGCGUCUACGUAUGAGAAACACGCGCGUCUGUUGGAGGAAGUCUUGUCUGUUAUAACUUCUUGGUUGCCUCUGAGUCGAACAGAGGGUUUCUCCAAGAUGGGCUCAACGGCUUCCCUCAACACUCUCGUGCGGUUCCUAAACGCUCCAGACGCUAAAACGAGGCAAAACGCUGUGUUUGUCAUCAGAGAGGUUAUUGCAAUAGACAAGAGGUUUGUCUACGCGUUGACAGACAUCGAAGGAGCUUGCGAAGGAUUAAUAAACAUCAUCAGAGACUCUGUCUCCAUAAGCUCGACGAAAGCAGCUCUUAUGUCUAUCUAUAGAGUGAUCUCAUGUGACAACAAGACCACUACAACUUUCUUGAAGUUAGGUUUGGUCGCAUUGAUCGCAGAGAUGAUUAUAAACAACGCGGAAAAGAGCGUUUGCGAGAGAUGUCUCGUUGUUCUAAACGUUGUAUCCGACAACGAGCAAAGCAGAGAAGAUGUUUUUAGAAACGCUUUGAUCGUUCCUCUUCUAGUGAAGAAGAUCUUACGCGUUUCGGAUCUCGCAACGCAAUGCUCAGUCUCGAUUCUCUGGAAGCUAUGGAGAAAUAACGAAGAUAAUCUAUUGGUUGAAGCUCUUCAAGUCGGUGCGUUUGAGAAACUCUUAGUAGUUUUACAAGUGGGAUGCGAGGAGAAGACUAAAGAGAGAGCUAGCGAGCUGUUACGGAACUUAAACCGAUGUAGAAACAAGAUCGAGAACACAAACUGUGUUGACUCUUCUAUGCAUUUGAAGAAUGUCAAGAAGUCGUUUUAA